CUAUCUCUAUCUCUAACCAAAAAACAUAAAAAAAAAAACACAGCCACACAGCUUGCAUAAAACUCCUCUUCAUCUUCUUCAAAUCGGUGAGUCCAGCACAUUCAGUUCUAAUCUCUUCUCCUAAACACAACGCCAAUCUCCGUAUAUCUGCAAUGAUUUCGUUCGCUCUUCCAAGUCAAAGCAUGUUGGGAUCAUCUUUGUUGUUUGUGAAAGGGAAACGAAGAGCUCUUCAAAUAAAAGCACAAGUUGAAUUCGUGAAUGCUGAGGAGGCCAAGAAACUUGUAGGUGUUGAGGGAUAUACAGUACUAGACGUGCGUGACAAAACUCAAUUCGAGAGAGCUCAUAUCAAAAACUGCUAUCAUGUACCACUUUUUAUUGAGAACACAGAUAAUGACUUAGGGACCAUUGUAAAAAGGCAAAUGCACAACAAUUUUGCUGGUUUAUUUUUUGGAUUGCCAUUUACUAAGCCUAAUUCUGAGUUUGUGCAAUCUGUUAAAUCCCAAUUUUCUCCUGAAAGCAAGCUCUUACUUGUCUGUCAAGAGGGUCUAAGGUCCGCAGCUGCUGCCCAGAAAUUAGAGGGAGCAGGUUAUGACAACAUAGCAUGCAUAACAUCAGGUCUUCAGACCGUAAAACCUGGAACAUUUGAUUCUGUCGGUUCAAAAGAACUGCAAGAUGCUGGCAAAGCUGGUCUGGUUACCAUACAGGGCAAGAUUUCAGUAGUUCUUGGAACUGUGCUUAUCUGUGCACUUCUAUUUGUAACUUUCUUCCCUGAUCAGGCAGAACAACUUCUUCAAAUGGCUCCUUCAAGCUAACACUUAAAACUUUUGCUUGGUGUCUCCAGUAUGUUGAGGAAAUUUGUGUAGAGAGAGAACUGUUUGAUAUUAGCAUCAUCCAGCUUUUGUAUGUCUCACUUCACUAUUACCUGAUUGGUAAAACACAUAUUACUUCUUAAUUAAAUAUAAAGGCUAUUUCUUUGGUUUUUCCU